AAGCUUUUCCCUGUUUCCGUUUUCAGUUUCGGUUUCCCUUUUGCUUUCGUUCCUUCCUCCUUCAGUUCACCUCACACCCAUAAGCCCCCAUGAUUCUCUUCGUCCAAUACUCAUCGCCAUUCUCUCCAAAACUCGUUUCAUUGCAACGCUAUGGUCUUCCUCUCUUCUUCUUCUUUUUCUUCUUCACAAUUCUGCUUACUUCACUUGAUUUCUUCUUCCGUUACUCCGACGAAGCAUAAUUGGGUAAAUCUCCCUAUCAUAUUGUGUUGAGAUUUUUGAACCGUUUCUUAACAGAUAAUCCCUAAUUCACAGGCUAGUCAGUUUUUCCGCGUAACCCAGAUCCGAAAAUUUCUUAUUCUCUCUUCCUCUUCCUAUUUCCGGAAUAUUUUCUCCGUAGGAUCUUUACUUGCUUAUCCGUUCUUUUGUUUCACAGCUCACAUUCCUAAUCCAGAAAAGUAAAAAGUGCAAUUCUUGUCUGUUCGUUGAGAUAGUUGUAUCGCUUAGUUGGGGCACCUGCUUCGUUGGUGGCAUUGACACGUUUAUAGCAGAAAAAACAUUGGAGAGCAACCAUUUCAGAGCCUUCCGGAUUAUGAAGGCGAGAUUUCCAUGAUCCACAUUUACCAACUGCGGUUUGGUUUCGCAACUGCUUACAACUUAUACGGCUUUAGUGUUCACCUUUAAACCAUCUUCUUGCAAAGUGGGUGCUCGUGACUCGGAUUCUCGCUGACGAUAUGCGUAUUGGUGAUUUGCGGAUCUGGCUAUCUCUCGUUUCACUGCAGUGAAAGAGAAGCAUUGAGUUUAGUUCAUUUUCUUGAGCAUAAAUUGGUGAUAUAGCAUUCUGAGGAGGAUCAAAACAUUUUAGCGCAGAGCAUUUUGAAUUUGUUUAUGUGAAAGUGACGAUUUUGACUGAUUCGAGUGGUGUUCGAGAAAUUUUGGGGCCUGUAAACUGGUGUUAUGGGUUGUAUAUGCUCGAAAGGGAAAUCUUCAGAUGAUUACGUUGCUGAGAACCAUACCAGAGACAAGGAUACGAAGGCUAAUAGAAUCUCAAAACAUUUGAGUUCGGGAGAGAAGGUAGCAAUAGAGGCUGAUGGUAGUGGUAAUGAUGCGACUACACGGUUGAUAUCUAAUCCGUCUCGGGAUGGAACUUCAGGGUCCACUUCCGUUUCAUCAGAUGAGGGGGAGAAGAACGGAGAAACAGAGACUACUGCAAAGCCUGCAAAACAACUGGUUCAUAUGGCCUCAAACAUGGGAAUUGGAAAUGGAGGACAAGGACAACCUAAGAUGGCUAGGAUAGUUACCGUACCUAAAGGGGAAAGAGGAGCUCAAGUUCUUGCUGGCUGGCCUUCUUGGCUUACUGCAGUUGCAGGGGAAGCCAUUAAUGGGUGGAUACCUCGCAGAGCAGACGCAUAUGAGAAGUUGGAAAAGAUUGGGCAGGGAACUUACAGCAGUGUUUACAGAGCUCGUGAUCUUGAAACAAGCAAAAUUGUUGCAUUGAAGAAGAUUCGAUUUGCUAAUAUGGAUCCAGAAAGUGUUCGUUUUAUGGCAAGAGAAAUUAUUGUACUGCGGAGGCUUGAUCAUCCAAAUGUCAUGAAACUUGAAGGCAUCAUUACUUCACGGGUAUCAGGUAGCUUGUACCUCGUUUUUGAAUAUAUGGAACAUGAUCUUGCAGGGCUUUCAGCAACACCUGGCAUCAAGUUCACUGAAGGGCAGAUCAAAUGUUACAUGCAACAGCUGCUUUGUGGUAUUGAGCACUGCCACAGUCAUGGUGUUCUGCAUCGAGACAUCAAGGGCUCAAAUCUUCUGAUUGACAAGAAUGGCAUUCUAAAGAUUGGUGAUUUUGGGCUAGCAACUUUCUUUGAGCCUUCUAAGGCUCAGGUUUUGACAAGUCGUGUGGUUACCUUGUGGUACCGACCACCGGAACUCCUACUGGGAGCCACAAAUUAUGGAGUUGCGGUGGACUUGUGGAGUGCUGGUUGCAUUCUUGCAGAGUUGUUUGCCGGAAAGCCUAUAAUGCCUGGACGAACAGAGGUGGAGCAACUUCACAAAAUCUUCAAACUCUGUGGAUCACCAUCUGAAGAAUACUGGAAGAAGUCAAAGCUACCACAUGCAACAAUUUUCAAACCUCAACAUCCCUACAAACGUAUUGUUGCUGAGACAUUUAAGGAUUUUCCUCCAUCAGCAUUAAGCCUUUUGGAAGUCCUCCUUGCUAUUGAACCAGAGGAUCGAGGAACUGCUUCUUUAGCACUUCAGAGCGAGUUCUUUGCAACUAAGCCCCUUCCUUGUGAUCCUUCAACUUUGCCAAAAUAUCCACCAAGUAAGGAGUUUGAUGUCAAGAUUCGACAAGAAGAAGCCAGAAGACGAAGAGCAGCAAAUAAUAAAAGAAAUGCAGAGGAAUCAGCUAGCAAGGUUUCCAAAGAAUCUAAAGCUGUUCCAGCACCUGAUGCUAAUGCUGAGUUACGGUCAUCAAUUGAGAAGAGACAAGGGCAGGCUAACCCUAAAUGUAUCAGUGAGAAGUUCAAUCCUGAUGAGGAUGGUGGUUCUGGCUUCCCUAUUGAACCUUCAAAGACAAGAGCACUUAAUGCUUUCUCUCAUUCUGGUCAGUCCAUGCAUCCAAGUGUCUAUGGAUCUUCACGCAAUAUGAAUUCAAACAAGGAAGAGUCUGUUGCUGGCCCUGGUCAUGUGUAUGAUUCGGGAAAUCCUGUGGGGUUGAGAAAACAGAGAUCCUACAUGAACAGGAAUGCUGCCCAAUUGUCAAGAUUUUCUAAUUCAGUUGCCAAUGAAGGUGGUUUAAAGCUUGAUAUGAGUGGAGAUGCUAGUGUGAGUUCACAGUGGCCAGAUGAUUGCUUUGGCACACGAUAUGACCAUCUUGUUGAUGACGAAUCCAACCAAUUGCUCAAGUCUUUACACAAGAAGGACAUACAUCCUUGCGCAAAGGAGCCUUCCAAGGCAUUUGCCCCAAAAAAUGGUCAAAUAUACUAUUCAGGACCGCUAGUCCCUGGAGGUGAAAAUCUCGAUGAAAUACUUAAGGAGAAUGAAAAGCAAAUCCAGCAAGCAGUCCGCAAGGCACGCUUGGAUAAGGUCAAGAUAAGUAAGUGUGACAGUGACAAUGGCCAAACUGAAUCUCUACUUCACCAUGUUGGAAAUCGAUAGUGAGAUUUCGAAGAAGAUGGCUUUGAUGCUCUGACUUGGGAUGCAUGUGCCCAUAUAAUUUUUCUGGAAUUUUGUCAAACCUUGAUGCUGAGAAUUCAGAAUUAACUUCAGGAAUCAUGGUCAUGGAGCAUCCUCAUCAAAGGUCCUCGGAACACCAAUGAUUAUGGCUUCUGUCUCAGUUCUAACCAACAAUCUGUUGUUGUUUGAAGCUGGAUAGCACGAUGAGCAGAUGAAAUCGAUGGCCAAUGGGAGUUUGACUGUUUAAUGUUUGAUAGUUAUUUAGACUAACUCACCAGAAAAUUGUUUUGUUUCUAGAUGGUGAGGUUUUCUGCUGAGAAUUGAUCAGUUGCUCAAUAUUUAACUUGUACAGGUGAAGUUGAUUUUGUUGAAGCAGAUUACACUUAUUCGAAAUGCAAAAUGCAUUAGGUUUGCCAUCUUUAAUCGAAAUGGAAUUGUUAUCUUGUCAACCUCUCAGAAAGAAAGCUCGCAAUAUAUCAUAUCUAUUAUCAGUUUGUAAUGCACUUCAUAACAUUCUGCUUCUCUAGGCUAAAGAUCAAAUUUGUAUAGUGAUUUUUUCUUGAUAAUGAUUUACAUAUAUUCAAUGUCCUGUAUGCAGAUCUUUUUCUGUAAUUAUAAAGGAAUUUACUUAUUUUCAA